AUGUUGCACACGCGCCGAAACAUUCCGCAUUUCUUUAAACGCUUUCGUCAUCGGACUUCAACGAUGGCGUCAGCUCCACCAUUAGAAGAGGAAAGCGGCAUGGUUCGAAGUCCGGAUUUACCCUUUGUGUCAGCAAUUGUUGGUGGCCUUUUUCCUGGACGUGCAAUCGUAGUGAGUGGGAUGGUACUGCAGGCCUCGUCUAGUGAUGCAAAAAGGUUUCAUAUCGAUUUAUGCUGCGGAUUGCUAAUCCACGGUGAUCACAUGGACAAUAAAGCGCUUCAUUUCAACCCACGUUUUGAUACGGGUGGCGGUUGGUUUUCUGGACAACCGGACAGGCAACUGGUUAUAAACUCCUACGUCAGCAAUCGGUGGGGAAUGGAAGAGCGGUUUCCAAACCCUUUUGAGAUUGGACAACCGUUCCAAAUUAGGAUACUUGUGCUAGAGAAUUAUUUCAAAAUCGCAGUAAACGGGAAACACAUAUGCGAUUAUCCACAUCGUGUGCCACUUGAAGACAUCAAAACGAUUUUUGUAAAUGGAAAUAUUCGAGUCGACUACAUCGAAUUCCAACCACCAGUGCGAAUCGGUGAAGAUGGCCGUCCGAUUGUGUGUGACAAGCAAGAACGAAACGAAAAGGUUAUAACUGUAGAUAGACCAUUGCUUCCGUUUUCGUGGACGUUCCCAGAAGAAAUGUAUGGCUUUGUCAGUCCACAGUCGAUACGGUUCACCCUUACUCCAUUCAUGAGUGCCAAACAGUUCACUUGUAACCUCAAGAUGGGUGAUGAAUGGAUAUUUCACUUUCGGGUCGAUUUUCGACAUGCGGCGGAUAAACAUAGCAAGGACGUGGUUAUCCGGAAUAGUACAAAAAAAGGGAGAUGGCAAGUUGAAGAAAGAGAAACUGCUAAUUUUCCAUUUUCUAAGGGACUAACCUCUGACAUCCUUUUCACUGCAUAUGGAUCAAGUUUAGCUGUUGACGUCGAUGGAGCACAUUUUGUGAAGUUCAACUACAGACCUGGCGAUGAUCCUUCGAAAAUAGAUAAAGUGACUGUAAAUGGCGACUGUGUUCUACAGCGAUUUGUACAUCGUACUUGGGAGGAAAUCACACAUUUUCCGUUCUUGUCGCCAACAACGUAAGGCGAAGUAUCAAUUCUUGGAGUGAAAGUCAAGUUUCUGCACUCAUUGCGAUUCGUUACGGUUUUGUCACUUUGUUUUUAGUUUGGAAUACGUGCAAUAAAUGUUACUACCUUGA